AUAACAUUGAACAUCAACUUGGAUGUUUAAACCUUUGACUUGGGAACUUUGGUAUCAUUUUCUAUUCUGAAGUUAUACCUGAAACCCCAUGAACGGAAAUGAGAAUGUUGAGAAAGGGAACAAUAUUCUACAUUCAGCGAUGUCCAUCCAGCAGUUGCCGGAUCAUGUCAUUGCCCAAAUCAAAUCGUCUACCACCAUAACAUCACUCAACGGUGUCGUUUGUGGCCUAGUUAAGAAUUCCCUCGACGCCAACGCAACCAAAAUCAAUAUAUCUAUUGACUAUGUUCGAGGAAAUUGCUCAGUCGAGGAUAAUGGCUUGGGUAUCUCCCCCCAAGAAUUCAAGUCUACUGGUGGCCUUGGCAAGCUACACUACACGUCGAGGUUCCCUCCUUGCAAUCAUAGUCAUGGUCGGCAUGGUGUUUUUCUAGCUUCCGUGGCAUCACUAUCCUUAUUGUCUAUUACUUCCCACCAUAGUGGUUAUCAUUCCCAUAAUUCGGUUAGAAUCCACAACUCUGAGAUAUUGGCACGGCAUACCCCUUCAUUGCCAGAGCAAAGGUUGUUAAGCUUUCCUCAUGGAACCCGGACAACCGUUAGGGACCUUUUCGGCUCCAUGCCUGUUAGAGUGAAGCAGAGGGCCCUUGACGCUGAUAGAGGCGCCAAUGCCAAAAAUUGGGAGCGACUCAAGCAUUCUCUCGUAGCCCUAUUGCUUGCCUGGCCAUGCCAGGUUACCAUAACAAUUCACGAUUCCCUUGACCAGCGAAACUUUACGCUUCGUGCCCCGGAUGAGCCCUUGAAUCCCCAAGAGAAUAAACAUGAUAUUCCUAGUCUCGUUACUCGUGUUUCGAGGAUAUUUUUCCAAGCCCAACUUUCUGAUGACCGCUCUCGAGACUUAUGGGUAUCCUUGAAGGCAUCAACAGGUCACAUCUCUGUUGUAGGUGCUGUGUCACUAGUUCCUGUGGUAUCUCGGCAAAUGCAGUUCAUCAGCAUAGGCGUUAGACCCAUCUCCAACGAGCAUGGCUCAAACGUCCUAUACGAAGAAAUAAACCGAUUAUUUGCGAAUUCUAGCUUCGGAGUUAAGGAAGAAAGUAGCGACCUCAACGAGGAUGAGCAAAAAAGGAGGGCGAAAGACCGCCGAUAUAAAACAGACGGCUAUACCAACCAGGAACUUCGAGGUAGGAAGGGAGUGGACCGAUGGCCCAUGUUCUACAUCAAAAUCAACUUGGAAGAGCCAAUUUAUCGACUUUCCGAAUGUGACGUGGAAGAAAUACUGAAUGAACGUCACAAAAGUCUGAGAGAAAUCGUGGAUAUUCUAACGGCGGUGAUUUACCAAUUCCUCAAAGCACAUCACUUUCGCCCGAAGUAUUCUAAGCCUCGUCAGACUGCGUCGUCCAGAUCAUUACGGCAUCAAGAUGUACGCAGCGAAUCUUCAUCUAGAAGCUCUACACCAAAGGCGGGUCAUAGGACAGACCGGACUCGCGUGUCUCGAAGCCGAGUAUCGAGUGGGGACUUGGCGAGCACCCGUCUCAGUUUUGCUUUGGAUACUUCUCGCUCACGACCCGAAUCUCCGUUCAAUUCAUGGACUCGCGUUAAAUCAGGACAGCCUCAAUAUGCACAUCCACAGGUGAAGUCCCAUUUACAUCGAGAAACCUCUGCAGAUCUUAGUGCGACACAGCCCCCUAUAAAGUCACCACGCGUUGAGAGCGAUGAUCCUGAUAAGGAAGAUCCCCUAGUUGCUCCAGACGGCACAUUGCUUCGUAUCCCUUUCCCCGACAUAGAAACUAGCACACCUAAGUUUAUUGAAGAACCUCCCCGUGAGAACCCCAGUAUUAUUGAAGAGCGACCGGAACUUCGGGGAGGCGAGGAAGUCUUAUGGAGCAACCCGGCGACCAAAGAAACCUUGGUGAUCAACGCACGAACUGGCGUUGUAAUCCAACCCGUGAAGAAUAGAGACGCAAUAUCUGAAGGACAUGAUGAUAUCAAUGGCCAGUCAUCUAGAAAAAGGCUACGAGUAAAUACCCGACCAGCCUCCCGAGAUGAGAGAAGCAGUUGGCUAGGCGAUCUUUUAUCGUCUUGGGAGAAUCCCGUUUUUCCAUCCCAAGAACCGCCAAUUCCAGUUGUUUUCGAUGAAGAAAAGGCAUUAGCCUUUACAGAUUCCUCCGAGGGCCAUUGCCACGGAUGCCAUUCCGGAUCGUUGGAUGUGCUACAACCUUCUUACAGCGUGGAGGGCCGUCUUUCAAAAGAAAACCUACGAAACGCGACAGUCAUAGCGCAGUUGGACUGCAAAUUUAUCUUGGUCAAAGUACCUUUGUCAUCCUCGCCGUUCCAUACACAUGCUGAAAAUGAGCCUGGGCCUUCACUACUCGUCAUAAUUGAUCAGCAUGCCGCAGAUGAGCGUUGUUGGGUUGAAGCCUUGAUGAAGGACUAUUUUGUAGUAGUAGAAAAUACUGAUACAUCUACUGAACAGCCUCAGCCAUUGGUUCAAGCCCAAGUCGAGCUACUAGAAAAGCCUCUCACAUUCGACAUUUCGGCCCAGGAUAGCCGCCAACUCGAACGCUCCGUGGAAUAUUUCAGAUGUUGGGGGAUCUUGUUCAAAACCAGCCUGGUGGCGAAAUCCAAGCCAAACAGCCAGCGCCGGGCGCAGUUGCUAGUAUUCGCGCUACCACCAAGCAUAGCUGAAAGAUGUCGUCAAGAACCUCGAUUGCUGGUCGAACUACUAAGGAAGGAAGCAUGGAAAGUUGAGGAGCAAUGGCCCAGCGCCUCUCAGCACAUUCGGACAGAGACAGAUCAGGAUGGUGGCGGUAAUUCUACUGAAUUGCAUUGGCUAUCUCGAUUUCAUGGAUGUCCAGGAGGAAUUCUAGAAAUGAUUAACUCCAGAGCCUGUCGCAGCUCUAUCAUGUUCAACGACCACCUUUCUCACGAAGAGUGUGCCGACCUUGUGAGGCGGUUGACCGACUGCGCGCUACCCUUUCAAUGUGCGCAUGGCCGGCCAUCUAUGGUACCACUCGUUGAUUUAGGAAACAGUCCACUGAAGGAGGUGGAUAUAGGGAGAUAUACGGGCAAUUUUGGUAAGGAGUUUAGGAGGUGGAAACAGAGGUUUGAUAGCUCAAAAGCAUCGUAAUGAGUGGGCAUAUGAUUUGUUUUAUUCGUAUUUAAUUUACGUAAGCAUGCAGAGAUACCCAUAUAUACAUCAGGAAUAAUCCUUAAAUUUGUUUGUAUUUGAUUUUCUAUUAAUCUUUUGCCA